AUGACAGAGGAAGCCAUCAGGCCCUCUUUACUGGCACUUGUCCGGGAGAUCCUGGCCCUGCUUCCAGGCACUGGGGCCCUGCAGAAGGCGGCAGUCCUCGUCGGGAGACACGAAGCUGCCCCGGUCACCGCGCAGCGCCCCGCUCCCGCCCGCACCUCUGCUCGUCGCGGGGACAUGCGGGCCGCCCUGGCCCUGGCGCUGCUGCGCCUCUGCCUCGCUAAGGUCAACUUCGCCCCCCACUUCUUCGACAACGGAAACCUGGGCCUGUUCAGCCUCCCGGAGGACACCCCUGUCGGCUCUCACGUGUACACUCUGAAUGGGACAGACCCUGAGGGCGAGCCUGUGUCCUACCACAUCAGCUUUGACCCCAGCACUAGAAGCGUCUUUUCUGUUGACCCCAAUUUUGGUAACAUCACCCUGAUCGAAGAGCUGGACCGAGAGAGGGAGGAUGAGAUCGAAGCCAUCAUCAGCAUUUCUGACGGCCUGAACCUGGUGGCAGAGAAAGUCGUGAUCCUGGUGACUGAUGUCAACGACGAGGCACCCAGGUUCCUCCAGGAGCUGUACACUGUCCAGAUUCCUGAGGACACACCUGCUGGGAGCAGUAUCUUUGAGGUUCGUGCUGUGGACAAGGACACGGGCUCUGGAGGAAGUGUCACCUACUCCCUGCAGAACACGCCGGCCACCCAGUUCACUGUGGACCGCCUCAGCGGCGUGCUGCGCCUCCGGGCAGGGUCCGCCCUGGACUACGAGAAGGCCCGGGCCCACUUCGUCACUGUGGUUGCCCAGGACGGCGGCGGGCAGCUGAGGGGUGCAGCUGCGGUGUUCUCGGCCACCACCACGGUCACGGUCAGUGUGGAGGACGUACAGGAUGUGGGCCCCGUGUUUGUGGGCACUCCCUUCCGCGGCUGCGUGUACGAGGACACCAUUCCAGGCUCUGAGGUGCUGACAGUGGUCGCCAUGGAUGGAGACAGGGGCAAACCCAACCGCCUUCUCUACAGCCUCGUGAAUGGGAGUGACGGUGCCUUUGACAUUAACGUGACGUCUGGAGCCAUCGUGGUCACCCAGAGCCCCGCCCAGCUCCGGAGAGAGGUGUAUGAGCUGCACGUCCAGGUGACUGAGGUCAGCGCUGCAGGGAGCCCCGCUGCCCAGGCCACGGUCCCCGUCACCAUCAGGCUCGUGGACCUCAACAACCACCCACCUACAUUCUAUGGAGAGAGUGGACCUCAGACCAGGUUCGAGCUGUCCCUGUCCGAGCACCCGCCCCCGGGGGAGAUCCUGCGAGGCCUCAAGGUCACUGUCAAAGACUUGGACCAGGGCGCCAAUGCCAAGUUCGCCCUGCGGCUGGUGGGGCUGGAGGACGCCUUCCGCGUGGUCCCGCAGACAGCCCUGAAGGAAGCCCAAGUCACAGUCCUCGCAGAGAACUCAGCCGCCAUUGACUUUGAGAAGUUCAGAGUGUUAACCUUCCAGCUCCUGGCGACUGAGGUGGACACGGCCGAGAAAUUCAGUGCCACCGCGGAUGUGGUGGUCCAGCUGCUGGACUCCAACGACAAUGCCCCCCAGUUCACCUCUCCCCACUACGUCGCCAGGGUUCCCGAGGACGCCCCAGGGGGCUCCACCGUGGUGGCCGUCAGGGCUGUGGAUCUGGACACAGGCCCCUGGGGGGCAGUCACGUAUUCCAUCUACGGGCCCGGGGCAGACCUCUUUCAGGUCCACUCGUCCACGGGGGUCAUCUGCACGCAGCCCUGGGCCAGCCUGGAUGCCGAGGCCACCGCCAGGUACAGCUUCCAUGUAAGAGCAGAGGACACAGGGGGCAGGCAUGGCCUGGCCAGGGUGACCGUCUUGCUGCUGGAUGUCAAUGACCACCCCCCCCAGUUUGGACAGAGCAUCCAGGAGAAGACGAUGGUGCUGGGGACCCCUGUGAGAAUCAAGGCUACAGACCUGGAUGCAGAGGCGCCCAACAACCUGGUGGACUACUCCAUCAUGCACACGGAGCCGGCCAGCGUGUUUGACAUCGAUGCACGCACAGGAGAGAUCCGACUCAAGAGCUCCAUCCGCUCCCUGGACGCCCUGCGCAGCAUCACACACAACGGGGACUGCACGUGGGCCCUGGAGGUGCAGGCCAAGGACCGCGGCUCCCCAUCCUUCAGCACCAUGGCCGUCCUCAGGAUUGACAUCACAGACGCCGAGACGCUUCCCCGGAGCCCCAUCGACACCUUCCUGAUGCAGACCAGAGAUGACCCUGCGAAGGCUGUUGGCGUGCUGGCUGGCGCCAUGGCCAUUACUGUGGCCAUCACCGCCCUUGUGUCCGCUGCCACCUUCUGGCGCAGCAAGAAGUCCAACAAGGUCCUGCCAGUGCGGCGUGUGCUUCGCAGGCGGCCCCGCCCUGCCCACAUCAAGUGGCUGAAGUGCAGUAGGACCAAGGCUGCAGCCAAGUUCGUUCUCAAAGAGGAUCCCCCCAGUGAAAGCUGCAACGGCAGCCUGGGGAGCCCCCCACCCCCCAGAGCCCCAGUGCCCCCUCCUCUACCCAGAGUGGCACCCGGCCCAGGGGCAGCACCCUGGACUGUGCCCACAGUCUCUGGCUCACUCACCUCUCUGCAACCUCAAGGGUCACCCAAACCCAGUGCCUCGGGAAGCCCCAUCCAGUCAGCUCUGGUCUCUGAGCUCAGGCAACAGUUUGAGAAGCGUAGAACUGACAAGGUGCACUUUUAGAGUGCAGCCCAGAGCCCCUCGCCCCCACCUUCUCUCCCCCCUGCUCCUUAGGGUCACCCAGUUUUGUAUGAUGGUGUAACCCCCAUAUUCAGGGCUCUGGAUAACACCGUGGGCAAGGGAUUUCCCUGGUUCUGGACGCGAUGGGGCAGCACUUCCCAUUGCCCUGGCGCUCGCAGCUGCUCUCCGUUCAGCAGAGGCCAGGAAUUGACAAGAAGUUGGCUCCCUGUCUCCUACUCACCAGUCCCAGACCCCACAGUCCAUGGUUCUCCUAGGGCCUCCGGAUCGUCAGGCGAGGAGCAGGGCCUGGCCACCUGUGACAAGGCCAUCCAGAACCUGAUCCUGAAGUUCCAGCUGAGAACAGGGCAGACAGAGGAGGUCCAGUGCUGGCUGAGGGAGAGCAAAUGUGUGGGAAAGGGCAGAGAUGCACUGGGAGCACAGUCAGCUGACUGCAAGGCUGUGCUGGGGCUGCUGGGAAGGUGGGGGAAGGGAGGGGCGAAGGUGUUUGGGCAGAGACCGCGGGGCACUCCUGUGCCCACGGAAACCAGGGACACAGGUGUAAAAAGAGCCUUGCAAGAGAGAGAGUGGAUGCCCCAGCCAGGGCUUCCCUGAACCCAGAAGUGUUCAAGCUGGAGCCCGAGGCGGGUGGAGGGUCCUAGUGGCCACAGGAAAAGCUUCAUGUCCCUCAUGAAGGAGCUGCCCCCAGGAGCCGUGAAGAGAGCGGGCAGGUGUCAGGGCUGAGAUCUGGGGAGACCUCGCUUCCAGCCGGCUCUUCUCUUCCCUGGUGUAACCGUCUGGAAGCUCAGCCUCUUCCUCGUUUGUGAAAUGAAGACAGUGAGUCCCAUGGGCCUCACUCAGGUCCAGGGUGGGAAUGAAAUGAGCAGUGGGGACAGGGCUUCAACAAGUGCAAGCGGCAUCCAUGGGUUCUCUGCAGGCAGUUCUCGGGGUACAGCUCUUCCAGGAAGUGUCAGGGACCCUUGGCUGCUCUGCCAAGCACCCCAGGAAGAGCUGUGCUGGGCGAGGGUGUUGCCACCGACCAGGCAGCCAGAGCAGGACAGUGGCAUUGCCAGAUUCCUGCCGCCCCAUCACCUCCCGGGGUGGUGGCCCAGCCACCACACGACGCCCGGCAACAGCACAGUGAGUCCAAGCCUCCAUCUGUGAGGUGAGAGGCUGCCGGCUCCGGGUCUCCAUGGCCCUUUGGGAAGGGACAGGUCUUUGCAUGUUGCCCCUCAUUAAGAACCUCAAGAAUCUGCCUGGCAUCUUAUUCAAACAGGUGAUGUGCACGUGUGGGGUCCUGAGUUCUGAGGAGUUUGGGGCGCUCCUCAGACAGGCCCCUGGCCAGGCUCCUGCAGCCCCUGCCCCCGGAGUAGUGACAGGUGGGCUCUGGGGAGCCAGGGCCCUGACGGACAGAUGGUCCUCUGCAGAGUGUCAGGAGGCAAUGGGCCCAGGUUGUCUCCCAGGGAGCACAGCAGCCUCCCAGCUCCCUGCAACCACCCUCUUUGUGAAGGUGAAUGCCAGGGACCGGCAGCCACGCCUCUGGCUCCUGCUGAGGUUCCUGCUAGUUACUCCAGAGACCACAGCUGAGUGCCUCCGGCCUCCUGGCUCCUCUGGUGGAUGGAUCCACCCUUCACCCCAGGUCUGACUCUGUGGGUAGCUGCAAAUUUUUGUCCAAAUUACCAUGCGGACUCCUCAGACAGCAGCACGCCUUUAGGGAGGAAUGGAAUCUAAUUAUCCUCAGCCGAGCCCAGCAAGCAGGAGCCAGGAGACCUGGCAUGGGCGUGGGGACCCGAGGGCGCUGCUGCCCUGGGA